CAUAACAAAAUUACAAUACUCAAAACCUGAGAUCUUAAAACGAAUCUCCUUAAGAAUUUUGUUUCGCAUAAUGUAGUUCCGCGCUUUUCCGACUUUAUCUUCGAUUUCAUUCAUUCGUAAUUUAUAAUGUGAUAAUCUCCCCAGUUAUUAAACGUAGAAAAGUAAAAAAUAACAUAAACCAUGGCCGAAGAACAACCCCCCGAAGACUAUUCUAUUUAUUUCAAAGCAUCCAAUCUGGAAGCGGAGAUGCAGCCAAUUAGCGCCACUAUCGAUACCAUGCUCCUUCGAAUGGAGGAAUUCGAGAACAUCCUGGAACGGGUUAAGGAGGAAUCGUCGGUUGCCGUGCAGCAAAACAUUCCCAAGAUAGCGGCCAUGAAGCCGGAGUGUGAUGAGCUGUGUGACCGAUUGGAUGCACUGGAGCGUUUCGUGACGAUGGUGUCCAAGAAUCUGGAUGCCGUCGAACGGCAGGUGCAGAUCGCCGAGGAAGAACUGGACAUUCCGGACAAAACCAUCAAUGUGCUGCUAAAGUCGCUGAACAUUUUUGGCAAACCGAAGCAGACCGAACGACAGACCAACAGAAAUGCCAGCGGGAUGUACGAGCCAGUGAGGGUGUUCAAAACGGAAGAAUAUUUUGGAUCGGCGAAGGAGAGUGCAAGUGGGUGUAGUUCGAAGGUAGAGAAUUCCGAGGAGGCCAAAAAGUGAAAAGUUUUGUUGCG